AUGGUGGUCCAACAGGCAGGCAGCAGGGGACGAAUGGCAGCCGAGCUACUAGAAAGGAGAAGAGGUGAUCACUGUGAGGACAGGAAGCAGACAUUGUUGGCAUUGCUGGUCCUGGUGCUGUACUUGGGCACAGGGAUAUCAGGAAGAAGUUGGGAGGUGUCGGAAAGGAUCCGAGAAUGUAACUAUCCCCAGAAUCCUGUGGCUUCCCAGGGGUUUGACUACCACACCAGUGAGUCCUCCGAAUACCCAGUGAAGGUCAUCAGGACCUGGCUGAAGGAGAACUUGCACGUGUUCUUGGAGAAGCUAGAGAAAGAGGUGCGAGAGCUGGAGCAGCUGGUACGGGACCUGGAGGAGUGGCUAGAUGCCCUUCUCAGAGAGGGGCCCUUGGAGGAACCCUGCUCCUCCCUCAAAAGCCACUUGUGA